GCCAAACCCGACGGAUCAUGCGUGACGACCCAACACCGCCCGACAGUGUCGGCACUGUUGGUGACGAUCAUGUGCGGUGGGCAUCCGCUGUAGUGGACGCAAAGGCAAAGGAACAUCCGUUUGAUUGCCUAGUGUGCGGAAGCAAGAACGUCGUCCUCGACAUCAAGACGCAACAUGUACGAUGUCGCAUGUGUGGCGUGUCGACACGAAACGUGUACGCCCAUGCUGUCCCGAAUGAUCGGCUGCGGGAAAUGGAAAAACUCGAGGCGGAUGUUGCAACAGAGAUGCUGCGUCAAGUGCUGGGGGCUUUUCAGGAUCCGCACUUCAAGCGUCGUCUGGACGAAUCAAAAGCGCACACCCGAUUCAUGGACAUGGUGCUGCAGCACACGUCUGUGGCGUUGGAAGCUGUCGGGAGCGUUGUCACGAGAUUUGGGUUUGCACACAGUUUGGAAGGCGUGAUGAAGGCCGUUCGAGCCAUUCAAGAGAAUGCUGGGGAUAAUACAGUCAUCUUGGAUGGAUUAGAGCGCCUUCGGGUGCUCUUAUCCCCUCGCAACGCAUUUGAGCCAGAGGAAGCGUUACAAAAGGUUCAAGAAGCCAAGGUCGUGGAGGAAGCUCGGCUCCGCGAGUUCCACGUCGAAUCACAAAACCUGGAGAAACUGGAAGAUGCCGCCCAAGAGCGCCGCCGUGUGGCACUAAUGCGGGCCAAGAAGGCAGCUCGGGGCUUGGACCCCAACCAAACAUAUGCUCCUUCGAUUCGCCGACACCCGCCUCCGUCCGUCGUGCUAUUCCCAGGCCGGAGCGCGUUCGUGAGUGUUGUGGCCGAUCAAUCAGACACGUACACGUGGUGUUUCAACGGGGCGCCCAUCCCAGAGGACGCGCCUGGCUUCCGUGGCACCCGCUCGUGCUUUUUGAAGAUCCAAUUCUUCACAAAGGCCAUGUGUGGGGCGUAUACUUGUCGAUGCAGUAACGACGAUGGCGUGAUUGAGUCUACUCCGUGUCUAGUGUCCACUGCAACGUUGACCCCGAGUCUAGUCUACCGCCACAAGACUCCCCAUGUGGUGCAUAGCAUGGCGAGCUUACCCCACUACUGCAUGUGCUAUCGCACGAUGCAUGGUCCAGUGUUUGGCUCGACCAACUCGAAGCUACUCUACGACUCAUCAUCGUGCCUGGGAUCCAAUGUAACGUCGGAUGUCCCAGUGGUUGCUAUGGCCACCAUGGCCGAUUCUGCUAGCCCUGGGCCUACUCCACUUGUACACCCAGCCAAGCCGUCUCAGCCUAGCCCUUGCCUACCAGAGAACCACCGACCACGUGUCUACCUUGGCAUGGCCAAUGGAGUGCUUCGAGUCGACUCUGUGGCUAUUGUCCUCCCUGAAGACGACGUGAAGCGGAACAAGUCGUUGCCGAGGCAACCGACGAAUCCCUGCGCUGCGACAUCCACGGAACUGUGCAUGGCGACGUCGCUGACAUCUAUUCGACGAGUGGCGUUCGUGGGCCAGAAUGCGUGGCUGCUGCUGUCGGAUAUGCAACACACCAUACUCUUGUACGCCAUUCGCAAAGACGGAGUGGUCGAGUCGCAGCUGCCCACGCAUGCGUUGACCUGUGCGAAACGUGCACAUGUGAUUGCCACGAGCCCGUGGCUUCCUCACUUUUGCAUCAUGUAUGGAAAGAACGCUGCCAUGGAAGUUGUGACGAUGGCGCAGGGCUAUCGACGGCAGCAAGUCCCCCUCACACACAAACCAACGUGUGUGGAGUUUGCAGCUAUGGGAAGCCAAGUGGCCGUGGGCGAGAAGCGUGUGCAGCAUGGCGUUCUCCGAAUUGUGAACGUGGAAACGUUACAAACCAACAUGAUUGUGGCGGCGGCGCACUUCGGCGGCAUCCAGUUCUUGCGAUGGAUCCCUCGACAUCACAACUUUGUCUUCUCCCUUGGUCACGACCACACCAUCAAGUUGUGGGACACCGCCAAGAAAGAAUGCGUAGUGUCCUUCCAGGUUCAUACGAGCGUACCGUCCGAUGUCUUGGUCACGUGCAACGCGGCGAUGGAAUGCACGAUCACUGUGUCCACGUUUGCGAAGCAGAUUGAAAAGUGGACCAUCGGUGCUCUUCAGCAGUUGCUCCACAGCGUCGGGGUGGAGCACAGCUAUGCCAUUGUCCUGAUUCAGAAACAGUGGCGAGGAGCGCUCACAAGAAGCCACCUUCGAUAGCUGCUUGUUGAUACCAAAUCAAAUAUCGUAAUACGAUGAUUGGAUUGGUGUAAAUACAUCCAAUCAUCCAACAAUAAUUCUAAUCUCCAAGACGAUUGGAGGAUAAUAUGUUACGAAUUUGCAUACCUU